GAUAUCCCAGUGAACGAGCAUGUCUAUGCGGUAAAAGCACGUUUGGCAGGUGUAAGUCAAGAUAGGAUGAACAUCAAGUAUUCAUUGAAAGACUGGCUUCAUUCGUCACCUGCCGAGCAGCACUUCGAUAUCGACGAAUCUUCCGGGGAAGUUUACGUGACCAAAGCGCUCGAUUAUGAGGAAACCAAAUUCUAUACAGAAGAAUUCAUGAACAAUGCUGUUGAACACAGGAAACUUUGCUGCUAA